GAUAGUUUAAGUUUCAAGAUGGCGCCAGGGUAAAGCCCUCAGCUGUAGUUAAAACCAGUAAACAUUACGUCCGAUAUGUUAAGAUGAGUUACUUCGAAACAACUGACCGAGUUCAUCUUUGAGAAAUUUAGCGAGUUCAAACUUGCUCAAACUUGUAGAUUUUAAAUACAGACUGCUGGGAGAUUCAGAUUUCAGAACCGCAAUGGCUGCAGCACCCAAAACAGAACGGAAGGAAAUUGAAAAAUACAUCAAGUUUUUCACUUACAAAGCAUUGCAGACUAUCGUCCAUUCCAGAAGUGGAGAGAAAACAAGGACUUUCUCAAAUGCUAAUGCAGUCGGAGUUGACUGGUUUAAUAUUGCUUUGCCAGGAAGUAACAUAGGCAAUGAAGUGCAGAAGGAAGUUAAGACUGAAUUCAACAACAAAAUCGCAGUAAUUCAAGAGCCGUUAUUGCUUUGUGUCUAUCUAAAAACUUCAGAAGGUUUUGAUAGUCUUCUAGAAAGAUGGACAUUGAGUUUUAAUCAAAAACAGGACCCAAGUGUCAAGAGCCCGAUUGCAGUUUAUAAUAAACUUGCCUUGCUUUUAAAAUCACUUGUCAGUGUAACUAGAUCUUUGCCAUCUUACAAGCUUACACGAAGAAAAGAGAAGGAUUUUUCCUUUUAUUACAAAAUUCUUUCCAAAGGAAGUGGUGACAAAGGUGCAGCGCUUCCAACAGCCACCAAGGUGGGAAGUGUUGGUACACCAUUUGGUUCCCUAACUCUUAAAGUUCAGUUUCAGACAAAAAUUGAUCUUUAUUCUCAAAGUAGGCAAGCCAACGCAGUUGACUUUGCAAGGCAGAAAGUUUUGAUUAAAAUGACAAAAGAUGACACUUUUGAUUCUCUGGGACCUCUUGGACCAGCUGAAGUUGAAGAGCUGAGAAAAGCUGCCCUUGAUGAUAUAAUUGGUAGUACUGCAUCACUUCCCACAUCAUUUACUAAUAUGUCACCAAAACAUUUUGACAUCUCUCUAAUGCAGCAGGGUAUAUCAGACUUGCAUUUUGAUGAUGCAACUGAGCUUCAAGCUGUAGGUGCUGUGAAUAAUGAACAUGGUGCAUUUGCUGCAUUUGGGCAUGUCUCAAUGGAGAAAUCAACACCAGAUCUGCCAGACCUGCCAUCAACUCCACCUUUCCUUUCUUUCAUACAAAGCAAAAUAGACGAAAGCACGAUAUCUCAGUCAUCAAAAAACAAAGAAGAUAAAGCUGCUGUGCCAGGCAAUCUUGGUGAUGAUAAAGCUAGCACGAAUAAAGAGGCUGAUGGGAGCUUUGUAUCCCUUGAUGCUUCUGAUCAAAGUGUUGAGCCGACUGCUCAGGCUGUUGGGUUUGAGGAUGAUUUUGUUCUUGUGGAAGUCAGGCCUGCCUUUGCACCACAAAGUGGCGAUGCUGGUCAGCUAUAUAGAGAAUGUCAAAACCCACCAUAUUUAGACAUGUUCAAUGAAAAAGCUGAUUAUGAUAGUGAUAAUGAAGGGAGCAUCACUGAACACAUAGAGAAAUUUGAAAAUCAGCUUGCUCAGUACGAUGAAUUCUUUCGAAACUUAGAACAUUUAAAAGUAAAUUGAAAAGUUAAGCAUUAACAAGCAGUCCUGGCCAUAAGUAUUUUAACAGAAAAGCGGUAAACAGCUCUUUUAGUAUUUUCCAGUUAAGCUAUUUGUGAAUAAAUAAGAACAGAAACAAAAGAACAAUUUACUUCAAGGAAAGCAAUUUCCUUUUUUGGGUAAUUUAGGAGAGCAAUCAGUAGCUCCCUUCCAGCAUUUGAGGAGAGGCUGGAGGGGGACAAGAGUUAUGGCUCACUGCAUAUGGCCAGGUCUGAACAAGAAACAUUAGAGUGUUAGUUGCUUGUCCUCUAAAUUUAAAACCUUGUUGAAUAAAACCUAUUUAUUCAUCUUGGACAUUUUUAAUGAAAUGUACAUAUGUCAACGAGAUUUCCCUAGUAAUCUGUGAACUUCUAUUCACUUUUUGUCACUGUGGCAGCUCUUUGACAAUCAUUUUCAAUAAAUAGUUAAUUUAAUCCACAGAAUUUUUUACUCUCAAAGAUUUCAUGCUUUAUCAAAUAUCUUCUCUAAAUCUCAAAAAACUUGAUUUUUUCAAAGUAAUUUAGAUAAAUGUUACUACUCAUUUUAUCAUCCUGGUUAGAUGGAUGUGUGUAUCAACUAUUUUGAAUUCUGGCGUUUAACUGAAUUCAACCUAUUGUUGACUGUAUAUAUUGUUGUCAUUUAGGAAUAAAUGUUUCAUCAAAAACACAUUUCCAGUCAUAUUUUCUGACCUAAGCCAACAACACCAGACAAUAUUAAACCCCUUUUUUAAAAACACAGGAAACAUAAGUGAGCUGAAUUGACCCCAACACAACAGAAAAAUGCUUUGGGGUUUUGAUUUUGAACCCACCGCAAAUAUCUAGAAAUACUCUAGGCACUUAGUAUUUUGACUACAAAGCUAAGUCUUUAUUUUAACUGCAAAGCCUUACUUGCCAUAAGUUUUUUAUAAUACCUGACAGUCUCUUUAGAAUUCCCUAUGAAAUGGGUAGGCAUUUCAGCCAAUGUUACAAAAGAAAUCUUUCAAGGCCAUUUCUUUAUAAUUGAUAUUCUCUGUGGAAAAAUCAAGUACAAUUUCACUAUAACAUUUCGCAAUUUUUUUGUAGAAAUCAAAUUCCAAGCCCUUCUCAUAACUUAGUUCUUGAAUUUUCAAAACUCCCAUGUUUAUGUCUCAAGGCCUAAAGAAUUUUAUAGCUGAUAUUUUUAUUAAUUCUGGUAUGCAUAAGCGGCUUCGAAACAUAGAAAAUAUCUUGCAAAAAUUUCAUGGAAAUAGCUGCCGUACUUAUUUAAUGGCAAAAGAUUUUGCAAAAAGUCUAUCAGAAUUUAUUGCUUAAAAUGUAUUCAAAAUUUCGAAGUUGUCCCAAUACAUUUUGAACGUCAAGAACUUGUUGUUGUUCAAGUAAUACAAUUAUUUCUCUACCAGUAGUAGUAGAAGAGAAGAAGUAGCAGAUCUAUUUUGCAUUUAUUUAUCAAAUACAAAGUAAGCAUUUAUUUAUCGAUAUACAAUUUAAAAUGAACAUGGAAACCAAUCAAAACCGAUGAAAUGUAUGAUGGAUUUGAAUGAAGGAAGUCAAUUUUAAUCAGAAAAAUUAUUUCCCUCAUUAUUUCGAGUAAGGUUAUUGUUAGAAAUUUCCUUCCCGGAUAAUCUUUGUCACCAAUGCACUGGCUUUGGAAGCAUUGCUGAUAAUCAGUCUCCAUGUUGCAACUUUCUUAAAAUUCAAACUGAAUGUAUUUUUCAUUGUUUUGCUCUUUUCUUGAUAAAGGAUUGGUCAAUAUAUUUUGCAUAAAUUAUCCAUAAAUGAUUAGCUUGUAAUUGCCCGCAACUCGCGCGCGAUAGCGCGCGAGUGAAGGGCUUAUAGUCGACCCCGCGUAUAAGUAGCAUAUGGAAGCUUCAGUUCAUGUUGUCAGCACUUUGUCAGCAGAUUUUGUCACUUUUCUGCUGCCAUGACAACUGUCAAUCAAUUUCAUUGUCAAUCAAUCGGCUUUGUCGAGGAGGUCGUUAACCGCCACCUCUUUGUGCGGAAGGCAAUUAUCCUCGGAGCGUUGCUCUGCGAAGACUCUGCUAAAAGCCUUCUUUUUUUGGCACGAAAACGGUGCUGCAUCACAGCUCGGUUCUCCGCAAUGGGUGGAAGUUUUGAUUCGAAGUUUUGGGAAUCAAAACCAGUCGAAUGCUACACCUUUCUCCCAAAAACUCGAGACCGUACGAGCAAAAGUUAUGAUUGUCGUGAUUAUCGCCUGUACAUCGCCGUACGAUCAAUCGCUGUACGAAUCCUUUAUCGCAAUCGAUUUUAGCUGUACCCGUUCUAUCACGUGUCCAUUUUCAUACGUCUUUGUUUACUUCACGAAAACAAAAAAUAAAUGUCAAAUCCUCGAAAAACUUCAUGAUUUUCAAAAGGGUGUUGGACUUAAAUCAAAAGCAAACUGAACAUCAAAAAUUCUUGAUAAAAAGAAUAGUUUAGCAUCAACUACAGUAGCUGUUUUUAUAAUAUUGUGAAAACCCAAGAUGGUGUCUUCUUCGAAUGUCCUGACCUAAAUUUUCA